AUGCGAGAGGUCGCCGAAAAGAUGGACGUUCGGCUAGGACUCGAAUUGGAUGCCACCGCGGCGGUGAUUGACUUCGAAGAAGACGGGUUACCGGGUGUGUUUUCGUGCCUCAACGACAUGCUCGAAAUCGGAGACGUCAACUGGGGUCGAAUCGUCAUUGUGUACAUGUUCGGUAGGAAAGUGGCAAAGAGAUGGGCGGAGAAAGAUCUCGAGGACUACGAAGAUUCCGUAGCCGAGUACGUCGGCGAAUACGUGGCCACGGAAUUGUCCGGUUGGAUAUCCGAACGUGGAGGAUGGGAUGACUUCGUGGAAAUAUUCGGCCGCAGACGUCGAAAGUCGCUCUCCGACCUCACCAUUCCGAUCCUGCUGGCGGUCAUGUUGGCAACUCCGUUCGUUUUGUCUAACUGCAGAUGA